GCACAGGCGGCCUCCUCAGGGCGAGUCCCAGGCCGCUGGGUGCUUUCCUUUUCUGGGUGGUGUUGCGAGCUCAGGACAUCAGAGCAGCCACAGCCGUGACUAAAGGAACUCCCAAAGAAGUUCUUCCAGAACCGCGUCAGGAAGUGGCAAAAAUAAUGGGAUAAAGAUCCAGAGAUUCCGGUGGGGAUCCAGUGAGAGACAGACCCCAGGUUCUUUCCCGACAAGGAGCAGCCUUACUCUCAGAGCUUCCGAGGGCCUGAUCUUUGGGAAAGGACUGAUGGCUGCUAGGCUAGGUUGGAAACGCUGGGGUCUCCUGCAGACUGUGACAAGCGGUAGCCUCUUCUUGUUUCCCCGGGGCCAUUGUCCCCAGAGGGGAGUGGGAAGCAUUCUGGACCCUGAGAUGAGAGCCUUCGUGGAGGAGAACACCGAAGUCACUAGCAGUGGCAGCCUUACCCCUGAAAUCCGAUUGCGGCUUUUGACCCCCAGAUGCAAGUUCUGGUGGGAGAGAGCUGACCUGUGGCCCCAUGGCGAUCCUUACUGGGCAAUCUACUGGCCAGGAGGCCAGGCCCUGUCUAGGUAUCUUUUGGAUAAUCCAGAUGUUGUCAGGGGAAAAUCCGUGUUGGAUCUUGGGAGUGGAUGUGGAGCUACAGCUAUUGCUGCUCAGAUGAGCGGCGCAUCGAGGAUCUUGGCCAACGACAUAGACCCUGUUGCAGGAAUGGCUAUUACACUAAACUGCGAAUUGAAUCAACUCAGUCCUUUUCCCAUUUUAACCAAAAACAUUCUUAGCGUGGAACAAGAUCAGUGGGACCUUGUCGUCCUUGGAGAUAUGCUUUAUGAUGAAGCCCUGGCCGACAGUCUUCACGGGUGGCUGAAGAGGUCCACUUGGACCUUCGGGACUCAAGUGCUCAUCGGCGACCCUGGCCGGUCCCCAUGCAGUGGGCACAGCAUUUGGCAUGAACUGCGCAAGGUGGCAGAAUACUCACUUCCAGAGGCCACUAAGCAGCAAAACAACGGGCUGACAAGUAGCGCAGUGUGGGAUUUCCAGCCUUGAGCUGUCAGAGUGCUUGUAAGUAUCAAUGUUUGCUUUGGCCUUAAUCCCCCCCAAAACAUUUUCCCUUUAAGAAACACUCUCCCAGUCAGUGGCAUAUCUUGGUUCCCAAAUAUAAAGGUUUCAAGUUUUGUCAGUUGACCUCCGUCACAAACCAGUGCUGCAUUUGUAAGGGUGCCAGCUGUGCAGAUCUCCAUCUGCAAAUAUUUGUCUAGUGUUACUGCUCCAGGGACAUGAUUAUGGGAAGCAGUACCAAUGGUGGUAGCAUGUAAUUCCAGGAGUGGGGAAGAAUAACUAUGGUACCACAAUCUGUCUGUCUAGCUGGGGACUUUGUGGUACUGGAGAUUAAACCCAGAUCCUCAGGCAGGCUAGGCAAGUGCUAUACCACUGAGCUACAACCCCAUCUUAUGAUGUAUCUUUGAAUUAAACAAGCAAAAUACAAAAUAUAGAAUACUGGCUUUUUUAUUCAUAGUGCUGAGGUGUGCACUCAGGGCCUUAUCACUGAGC